AAAGGAAGCUAGAGUGUAGUGGAAAUCAACAGAAGCAAAUUCAUUAAUAUUUGCAAUAAUUAACAUCAGUGUAUAUGAUGGAAUAGUGGCAUUAGAAUGUGCCAGAGGCCACCAAAUUUUACGGCCUGGCUACUUUUUCCCCACUGGCCGGUUACUUCAUAUCCUUGUGGAUAGCCCUAUCUUUUCGGCUUCUAAGGAUGGCAGUGCUACUGUUGGCAACUAUGAUGACAAAAGGAUUGUCGACCACGGAUUGGAACAAUUGUAAAAACAAAAAUACAUUUAAAAAAAAAAAAACCAAAUGCCUGAAAGCAGACUAGCAAUGUCAGGCUAUUUAAAUCUUAGUAUUCCGAUGUUUUAUGUUUCAGUUUGACUGAAUCACCCAAGAUGCAUUUUAGUGCCAUGUGUGAAUGGGGCCAACGUCUCUCUUUCUGUGUGCACUAAGCUAGCUAUCACUUUAUCUCCUGCUGACAGACAGAUUCUGGCUCACAGUCAUAUUUUGGUUUCACUUGGGCUUCUUUUCCUGGCUGGCUCAGUUUUCUGUGUGUUUUUGUGUUUGGAGAGAGAGCCAGAUUGUGUGCAGGAGAGUGAGUCUGUAAAAGAAAGGAGUGGUGAACAUUUUACAUAGCUAGACUGAUUCUAGAAAGAAACAAGUUAACAAUCAUCAUUUUAAUCAUCAUGAGGGAUGCAGUUCCCUGAUCUAAGAAAUACGUCACAUUGUUUUGAUCUGCAAAUUGGGGUUUUUGGGCAAAUCUGUAAUUUUGCAAAUGCCUGAACUCAGUGGUAACAUACACCACACUCCCCAAGAUUUAACAAAUUUUUCAAAUUCAGUGGUGUGAGUGUGAUGCAUACACCUAUUACAUUGUGGCAAACGGUAAAAGGGGAAGUCAUUGAAGGAUAGAAUGAAAAGAAAAGGCAGUGAGAAAGUGAGGUGUGGUGUCAAUGAGGGCAGCUGGUGGUACAGCCUGCAGCCAGACAAGGCUGAAAUCUGAGACUUUCACAACCACAGAGCCGGGCGGAGGGAGGGGGCAGAGAGAAAGAAACGAGAGAGAGAGAGAGAGAGAGAGAGAGAGAAUGUCCAUCCAGGAAAAAGAAGGCAAAAUAUGCAGGCUGGAGGCAGAGCAAGCAUACAAGAAAGUGUAGAUACUGACAUGAAAGAUGAAAUGUUUUCGGCAAAUAAAAUGUGUAAGAAUCAAGUCCAAGUCUGUGUGAAAAAAGAGAGGAUGUGUUGUGGAGAAGAAGGGGUUAUGUGUUCGGGUAAGGAGCCGCCAAGCGAGAGAGGGGAAGGGUGUGAGUGAGCAUGCUCUGUUUGGACUGACAUUGGAUGCCGGCUUAGCUUUUCUCCGUCUUGCGCACAAAUGCACCCAGCAGCAGCACCUACCACACUCCAGGGGACAGAAAGAACAUGGCUUGAAUAAAAGAACGCAGAGGAGAAAAAGUCAGAGGGAGAGAGAUUGUUUGGGACUUUCCCUCCUUUUCCUCCCUUGUGAGCUACAGCCUUCUCCUCUUCCACCAGGAAACCAAGAGAGAGCAGGGCUUUGUUUUCCAGUCAGCAAAGGAUUAUUCUCCCAGCAACUCUUUUACACCAUAUAAGAUUUGUUUUUCAUAGAAACCAGCCCUUCUUUUGCCGUGGGAAUUUUGCUUUUGUGCUGCAAACCUGCAAUUUUGGAAAAUGGUUUUGGAAGUGGAUAUACAUGUUAAAAGCUGCAGCGGUGCAGUGCCUGAAGUUUUGGGCCCAGGAAAAACAAAGGUGGAACUUGUAAAAGAAUAAUUAUCCAGUGUUGGAGACUAUCUACAGUGACUUUGCUAAACUGCCCCAUGUUGCCUUUACUUCCUAGUGGCUGAUUGGGAGUGGCAGGUUGACCACACACUGACAGACAGCUUACAGACUGUUGACUAAAUUUGUGUUUGUCUGUUCCUCUGUGCUGCAGCAUAAGCACCUAGCAACCUGCCUGGUGUUUCUUUUUAGUUUGGCAUUCACUUUGGCCUGAUAGGCCGGUCUGAUGGAUGCCUUUUUUGCUUGCUUUUCCAAUGACUGAGGAACUUUGACGUUUUAAAAUGUGAUAGUUUUUUUGGAUUCAGACAUAGACACUCUGGUAUCCUCUUGUCCCAUCCCCUCGUGGGCUGUUUUUUGCCAGCUAUUAAGCAUUUCCAUUUGCCCUAGUCUGGACAUAGCCCUCGCUCUUUCAUUACAGCUUUCCCGGGACCUUCAUGAGCUUAUGCUCCUUAAAUGGGUGACCAGGAGGAAGACGUGAUCCUCUGUUUUGUGGUGUGUUUUGGGCAGCAGCAAUAGUGUGUGGUUUCCAUGGAAAAGGCCAGAGAAAAAUGGAGUUGAAGGGCUGCAUGAAUGCUUUACCCCUAUGUCUCUGGUCCAAGUGAAAUCGAAGCCGGCUAGCGUAGCACUGCAAGCCCCGCCCUGGAACUCCUUGUUCAGACUCUUCUCGUGUGUAUCUACAAGGAAUGUGCACAGGACUAAAGAGGUCCCCACAUUUCAAGAGAAGACGAAAGCCUUAUUUGGAAAUCUUAUGGACGAAGAAAUGAGUCGCCAGACUGCCACCGCGCUGCCCACAGGAACCUCCAAGUGCCCCCCCUCCCAGCGCGUGCCCACCCUGUCAGGCACCACUGCCUCCAACAGUGACCUGGCCAGCCUGUUUGAGUGUCCUGUCUGCUUCGACUAUGUCCUUCCCCCCAUCCUGCAGUGCCAGUCCGGACACCUGGUAUGCUCCAACUGCCGGCCCAAGCUCACGUGCUGCCCUACCUGCCGAGGCCCCCUGGGCUCCAUCAGGAACCUGGCUAUGGAGAAGGUGGCUAACUCUGUCCUCUUCCCCUGCAAGUACGCCUCAUCGGGCUGCGAAGUCACCCUGCCUCACACCGACAAGACGGAGCAUGAAGAGCUGUGCGAGUUUCGGCCAUACUCCUGCCCCUGCCCCGGCGCCUCCUGCAAAUGGCAGGGCUCCCUGGACGCUGUCAUGCCUCAUCUGAUGCACCAGCACAAGUCCAUCACUACACUGCAGGGGGAGGACAUUGUGUUCUUGGCCACAGACAUCAACCUGCCAGGUGCAGUGGACUGGGUAAUGAUGCAGUCCUGCUUCGGCUUUCACUUCAUGCUGGUGCUGGAGAAGCAGGAGAAGUACGAUGGCCACCAGCAGUUCUUCGCCAUUGUGCAGCUCAUCGGGACUCGCAAGCAGGCGGAGAACUUCGCCUACAGGCUGGAGCUCAACGGGCACCGGCGCCGCCUGACCUGGGAGGCCACGCCGCGCUCCAUCCACGAGGGCAUAGCCACGGCCAUCAUGAACAGCGACUGCCUGGUGUUCGACACGUCCAUCGCACAGCUUUUUGCCGAGAACGGCAACCUGGGCAUCAACGUCACCAUCUCCAUGUGCUAAGAACUUUCAAGAGAAGAGGGUCAAAAAGUUACAGAUUGUCAGGGGGCAUUUUUUAGGGGGUCAAAUCAGUUGUGACCUCACAGCGCCCCCCUCCCCCCCUCUCUGCCUCACCCCUUGAGACGUGGAACUGGACUGUCUGAUCAGGCAGCCGUGGAGGCCCGGGGGGGUGGGAUGGAUGGAUGGAUGGAUGGAUGGAUGAGUGGAGGAAUGAAUAAACACAAGGACAUAACUGUGUAGUGAUGGCUAUAGACUUCUAAACACACACACACACACACACAUAAACACAUAUAUGAGACUCAUGCACGCAGAUGCAGUCUUGUCCUCUCUUGGUCAUAAACACAGAGCUGUUCAGUCAAACUCUCGUCUUUUCAAGUGAUUUCCCACCACUCUUGUUUUAGUGUCUCUCUUUCUUCUCUUCCCCUCCGUCAUCCUCACACAUUUCAGACACUCCAGCUCUCCCGCCGUGUGCCCUGACAGCUAUACCUUGAGAAAGGCUCAAGCUAUAUUUCAACACGGACUCCUGGUCAGUGCUGGGUUAGCUAGCCAGCUAUCUAGCCCCCCCCAACUGUUUGUAAUCCACCUCAGUACCUGUCAGACUCCCUGGAUUGUCGCUACCGACACUUGUAGGGCUACAACUGUGGCUGUGGCUGGGUUUCACCACAGUGAGCGUCUUCAUGUAUUAACUAGCUCCAACUGGAACCCAGAGCCCAUGAAGUUCCUUAUUGCAGAUUUGGGUAUAUAUGUUCAACUGUAACUGACAUGGCUGGGACUGGAACUGUCACCUAUAGACAUAAACGGCUGUAGCACCCAUACCCAUAGACACCUAGUUAUGUCUAGGACUGCAGUAAAGGAACUCAGUCUAUAGAAGAUCCGUACAGGCUCAUCUGGUUUCCUACCGGCCCACAUCUGGUCCACACCGGUCCACCCAAGGCUAAAGAUUGUGCAUCGGAUGCUCUUUAAAUAGUUGACUGUCAUUGUUGAUAGUUAUUAGAACAGACUCUGCUCUCAUACUGUAUGGAUUAAAGAUGGCCCUCAGCUACAUCAGCCCUGGGAUUUAUGUUUUUGUUUCGUGGAGUUCUCACACACACACACAAGCACACGCACAACACACACCUGUUCUUUGCAUUACAGGCUGUGUGUGCAGGUGUAAUAGUGGAUGAAUUGAGUGUGUGUCGGAGUAUGUUUGACCGAGGAUUAGAGGGGUCUUUUUUGUUUUUUCAGAACGAGGGGAAAAAACACUGCAUUUCAGUUGAGUCACAGUUUUCUUUUGGGAUUUAUUUCUUAAGUCUGUUUUUUGUUUUUAAUUAUUUUAGUUGUCUUUUUGUCUGAAAGGAGAGAAAAACUCCUGAUAUGUGUGUGUGUGUGUGUGUGUGUGUGUAUGUGUGCGAGCAAGCGAGCGAGAUGGACAUGUGGCAAAAAGCCUGCUCACUUUCUCCCUUCUCCUCUCCACGCUCUUCUUUCAUUUCUUCUCUGCCUCCAUCUCGCGUGUCAGCCUCAACCACUGAUUGACUGACCCAACCAGGAAUGAGGGACAGUUUCUACCGUUACAAUGUUGCUAUUGUUAUUAUUAAAUGGAGAUUAUCAUAAUUAUCAUUUUUUGUAAUGACUUUUAAAAACAAAGAUUAAAAGGCAGUUGUAAAACUUGUGGCUAAACUUCAGUGUUUGUAGUUAAAAAGCAAGUUGUGUCGUUCUUCUGAAGGUUUGUUUUUUCCGAGUUGGAUUGUUUUCCCUCAUCUAUUUGUCUCUCCGUCCUCUUGUUUGUGUUGUAAGUCUCUUCUUUUUGUCUAUGAGGAGGGAGGGAGGUCAAGCCAAUCAUCUCUCCUUUUCUCUUCACGUGGAGUCUCAGUAAUGUUGCUGCUCUCCCCUCAACUCCUUGACUUUUCUGUUUUAAUUUGUCAUUAAAUAAAUCUAUCUUUUUCAUA